AUCUUGGUGGAGGGUGUACAGGAAACUGCAACACAACCUACAGCUAAAGGAGGAAGAGGUUGUGGCUGUGCACAGUCACUCACUUCCUUCUUUGUACCUAUUCACUUUAGACUGAAAGGCUGCAGUAAAAAGGAAAACUUUGAUGAUGCAAGACUCUGUCCUGAGAGUUUUUGUGCUGGCGUUGAGUCUCCUACUGUGUCCGAGGAAUGACCCGGAGGUGGAGGAGAAAUGGGAUGAUUCUGCCACAGUGGACAUAGGAAAAGAUGCAGGUGUGUUGCAGGAGGAGGAGGAAGGGCAUUUGGACAACGGAAUGUCAGCUCUCAAAGAAGAGAGGAAACUGAGACACGGCAAAGGACCUGAAAAUACAGAGUAUUACCAAGAAGUAAAUCAGUCUGAACUAUAUGACACAGAUAACCGUAGAGUCCGGAACGAUGAGAUUGUCUUCAGUCAAGACGUUGAGAAUGACUAUGGUGAACCUGACCUGCUAAAGAGGAAACAUGGCAGGGGGGAUUCUGCACCAGACCCAGCAGAAGAGUCUAAAAGUGACUCUGAGACGCAUCUGAACUUAGAUCUGAAUACGAAAAGCAAAUGGGGUGAAGUAGAUCGGCCAGAUAUCACUCCCACUGAAACAGUCAGUUCUGAAGAGCAUGUGAAGAGAAAGUAUGAACUGGAAGUGUCCGCUUCUGAGGAAAGUGAAAUGUCAGAGGAAGUCAUCUCAGUCAGUGACGAGGAUUACUUCUGGUACCUUUGGAACAUUUUCUCCCUUUUUUCCUUGAUUCGCUUCACUGUAAAGUACCUUGUAAAAAAGUCCCUCCUGAAACACCUUGGACAGAGGAAAUCCUCAGUGACCUGCAUCGCCGGAGUGGUGCCACUGCACGAUAGUGACAUUCUGCAGCGUUUUCAUUCUAAGUGUGUACAGGCCUCUCUCAAAAACAAGUGGCUGGGGGAGGAAUUUCUGGAAGGCUUUGCGCAUGAUAUGGUGAAAGCAAUGAGGGUCACCUGUAAGGGAAGUGGAGGCAUGUGGAUUAAGGACUAUCAGGUGAUCACUUCACGGGAUGUCAUCAUCCAUUGUGCUCCACCCGAGCCGUACGGUUUCCAGUGCCUGCCGUGGAACCAGCAACUCAGUGAUGUACCACCAGACAUGCAGAUCUGUGCUCAAAUCAAGGUGGUGGAAAAUAAGAGAGUCUGUAAUGGCUGUCCCUGCCAGUCCUCGGGUGGAGACGAGGACAUGGUUUGCCUGCUGCAUUCUGAGAAGGAGAAAGUAGAGACUGAGGUGAUGGAUGUGCUUGAUGGAUGCCUUUGCGUGGAGAAUACUCCCUUUCUGUCCAAGUCUCAGGUGAGGAGGUGGUUCCAGAGCACAAUCAAACAAGCUUGGGCUGAAGUUUCACACAAGUAUGAUUUCGAGCUAAGUAUUCCCUACAUCGAAGCUCCAGGCACUCUGCUGGUUAGGUUCAGAUCAGGGAUGAAGUUUUCCUUCACCAUGAAUCCUGUGGUGAAGUUCACACCUGAGUCUCAUUUCUACAUGACGCCUUGCUGCUCUAACAACCUGGACUCCUAUUGGACACUUUCCCUCACCAUGUAUGAAGACCAACUCUUGGAAAGUCUGUCCAAACAUCUACCUGAAAACCCCUGCCACAUCCAAACUCUACAGAUUGCAUGUUUUCUCCACAAAAGACAGGUGGCGCUGUCUGGAAGCAGUGCACUCAAAGAGUGUCAUUUCAAAACUGCACUAUUGCACCUACUGCUGACCAAACAGCCUUCACUGUGGAAACCUGAGGCUGUGGUCUGCAGAGUGAGAGACUUGCUGGUGUUCAUGGAGAGGAGUCUGCAGGAGAAAGUUCUGCAUCAUGUCGUCAUUGGAAACCCUUUAACUAAAAAGAUGAUUUCACUCCCCGAGAUGUUCUGUCAGGCACAGCCAGUGAAUCUCUUUCACACCCUAGUGGUUCAUGACUGUAUUUACAGAAAUGCAGUGAUGCAUUUCCAGGAAAUGCUUAGAAAUACUCACAUGCUGAUACAGGACUACAUUUGUGUGGGACAACUGUGACUUAUUUAAAAUACAUAUACCUGUAUGACACAGCUGGUGUGU